GUCGUGUCUGCCGAUACAAGGACAAUGUUUAAGAAUAUCGGAAUUAUGCAACUAAAGGUAAUAACCGGAUAAAAGAGUUAUGUUAAAUCAAGUUAACGACGAUCGAUGGCAAGUGCUUCCCUAUAAAAGCAACGAUUCUAUUCAGACUAGUCUUACUUGGUGCUGACCAGCACUAAGAAAAUUCAGGAUAAUUUGAUCGUUAUUAAUCAUCAUGUGUAAUCAAUAUGUAUGAUUAAAAACAGAAGGAAUCUAAAUAUUUCUCAACUUUGAAUCAAAAGAAUCAAAAGAAUCAACAAAUGUAAAGUUAAUAAAACGUCAUGUCGGAAGUGUAUCAAACAUUUUUCGCGUUUUAUACUUUUCUUUUCUCUCCACUGGUUAUUCUACUAUUAAUAUGUUUGUACCUAUAUCGCUGUAUCAUACAGAUCAUUUUAAGGAUUCAAUUAAAGGAUAAAUUCGUGGGUCUUCUUGAUGGGAUGGACUGCGUUUGGGCAGUAGAACAAUCAUCAGCACUUUCUGUGAAUAAUAUCCUUAUGAUUUUAGAAAAAGAUGCUCGUCACUCGAACAUCAACUUCCUGGAGAAUUUUCGUGAUUUGGUGAAGAAUCGUAUAGUAUGUUCGUCUUUUGAAAAGCUAUUGUAUAAAAGAAAAAGAAAAUUUGGCUAUUACUUCUGGGAGAGAAGUGAAGAGAUCGAUCUGAGAGAACGUAUCAGAUGGUUGGAAUACGAACGCACGAAUUGCGACGGAUCCUGUGAUAAUAUUUACAAUAGUCAUCUGAAAAAAGUUCUAUGGAAUAUUUGUAAUCAGCCUUUACCGGAGAAUCACACAGCAUCCUGGGAGAUCUUAAUUGGAAAAUGUUGCCCCAGAUUGAGUCAUCAUUAUCUUCGACGAAUGGAGGAACGUUUGACGAAUAAAAUUAAGAUUCCCAUUUUAUUUCGUGUCCAUCAUUCUUUAGGCGAUGGUAUGGCUCUUCUAAAGUUCUUUAGAGAUGUUAUUAUUGAUAAAGAACCAGUUUCGGAAAUAUUCUUGCAGUUGGAUAACAAUUUGAAAAUGAAGAACGAGAAAACGAAAAAGCAGAAUGUAAUAGUAUCUUUGAUGAAUCCUGCGAAUGGAGAGAAUAGUUUGGACAGUAAUUCGUUUCAAAAGAAAAUCAUGUCGGCAUCGAUGCCAUUUAUUCAUUUUACGAUGUUUUCAUAUUUUUUUCUAUUAUUAUGGAAACAUUUUAAUACAUGGUUGAAGUAUUUACAAAAUAUUACUUUAGAAGACUUGAAAUGCGAAAUGAAAAUGUUUCUAAGAACAGAACAAGAUAGAUUAAAAGUUUUCUUCUCGGAAAUGAUUUGUAAAAAGAUACAGAAAGGUUUAAAAAUGGCGAAAAUUAUUAUAAAUCUUCCUGGUUGCCUGAUUCAACAAGCUUUUCGUAGCAUGGACAAAAGCGCACUCCAUGGAGCAGAAUUAUCAGGUGAAAAGUUUGUUUCUUACUGGCUUGAAGACGAUUUUAAAAAUACCUGCAAUCAAAAAUUGUUUACAAAAAUACAAAAUAUAAGAAGUAUCACUGGUGCUAGAUUUGGAGAUGUAUUAUUAGCUGCUUUAUCAGUCAGUUUACAUAAAUAUUUCCUUAAUAUAAACGAAUUCGUUCCAACAAAAUUAAGCGUUGUUUUACCGAUGAAAAUCGAAGAAUGGAGUGAGAACUUCCCCCUGCAAAAUAAUAUUUCAGUUGGUAUACUGCCCCUCUGCAUUUCACAGAUAAAGGGUAAACAGCUUGCAGAUCCACGAGAGAAUUCUCAAAUUCUAGAACGCCUUGAAGAUAUUAGAAAAGCGAAUGAUGUGCUUAGAAAAAGUCCAGAUUACACUGUGAAUUUCUUAGUAAUGAAGUAUCUUUCAGCUAUGCUACCCGACAAAUUUUUACGACCAAUCUUAAAAAGUCAUAGUACUAUGGUGUUUAGCAAUUUAGUUGGUCCUCAAGAAGUGAAACUUUUGGGACAUCCUUUAAAAAAUAUUGUUUUUUGGAUACCAAACAGAAGUUAUACAGGAAUUGGAUGUUCGUUAUUAACAUAUCGAGGUUAUUUGCAUUUAUCUUUGAUUGCCGAUAAAGCUUUAGUACAAAGCGAAAAGGCUCUUACCAAAAUUUUAGAAAACACGGUAAAUGAAAUCGACAAUCUUUAUGACAGAUUAACUUUGUCAUUUUUUUCGAAGAAACUUCAUAGAAGUAUAUCAACACCUACGAAGAAAGCAAUCAGUGUAUUAUAAAAUUGUGGAGAAUAUUUAUAUUUUUUUUUAAUCUUUUUAUCGUUUAUUAAUUUUUUUUUUUUUGAAAUCAAUUUUUAUUUUAUAAAAAUUAAAACACAAUCAUUGUAUUUUAUCAUAAAAAAUUUAUGUAAAUAAUGAAUAUUUGAGGUGAGACCCCAAAUUAUACUAUCGAUUUGUAUUUUAUACUAUGUAUAAUUAAAAAUUAUAUUUUCUUAAACAUAUACAUUAAUUAAAUAUUUUCUAAAAUGUUCUAUAAACUCUAUAUGAAGAAUGAAAUAUAUUAUCAAUUAAUAAUAUAUAAUUUUCGAUAUAAGUUCAUAAAAAACGAUGCAUAUAUAUUGUACAUAAAUUAUGAUAAAUUCAGAGGUUUUAACUUUAAGUAUACUUUCAAAGAGAGAUAUUUAAAGAAACCAUUAUAAAAAUUCAUUUUUUAGAAACUUGUUAACAAUAUCAUGUUCUUAAACAUGAUUUUUUUUUUUUUUUAAUAAAAAAAUAAGCUUUCACCGAUUUGUUUUCAGAAAUAGAUAAGGCCAAAAAACAAUAUCAAAAAGAGUGUUAAAAAAGGAAAAACUUGUUCGUCGACGAUGAGAAAUUUUCGGAGUUGUGUGUAUUAUCGAACUUGCUUUAAUACGCUGAUUCAGAAUAUUCUUCGAUUUAUAUCGAAUUUUUCUUCCUUUUUUACUGCAAUCAGAUGAAACAUCCAUAUCUUCGGUACUUGUAUAAACAUACUUUCGAUGUUUCAACGACCUGUUGAUAAUCAUGUACAAUCAUUAUAAUAUUCAUUUACUCUUACAGUUUCAAGUAAAUAUUAUCUCAACCAUUUUUUCUUUCUAAUUUCUUCCGGAGAUGAACUCUUUAAAUCGCUGUCAUCUUCUUGUCGAAUGCUCAAAGGCAAAGUUUGUUCGGUACAUGAUCUACAAGGACAGUUUAGUUUCAAACUUCGUAAGAUCGUUAAAACACGGGGAUCAUCGAUGCUGCUAAAAAGAGGGGAUUCGUCGGUCGACGUCAUUCCAUGACAUUCUUCAUCCGCCUCUAACGUCGAAGUCUCAUCUUUGUUCCAAACUAUUCUGAAUAAAAUGCAAUGCUCCUGAA